AUGUGGAUCCAGAUUGUGGAGGGAAUCAGCAUGAUUCCCUCCACAAUCUACAAAAUUCUAUUCUUCAUUCCCACCCUGGCUGUCGUCCUGCUCGGGGCGUUUCCUGCCACACAGGCCGAGCCUCUGUCCUGCUGGUUGGUGGAAGAGGUGGGCUCACCCCGCAGUAUCCGCCAGACUCCCGUCCUGUUGGUGUUCAGCGAUACCGCAAGGAUGUCUCCAGAACCUCCAGUGACCGCCGAGCCCGGCACUCUGGUCUUCUAUGUGUCAGACUCCUCUGGGCACCUUUUCUCCUCGGAGUUCUCCGCCUGCGAGAUGACGUAUCAUUUACCCCAGGAGGUGCCGCUGGACUGGGUGCGCUCUCUGACCGAGGAACAAGUCAGCCCCCCGUCUCUGGGUCAUGCGUGGUACAGCCUGGCCGCCAAGGAUGAGAAGAAAGGGUCCGCGGUGAGCGUCGUGCUGGGGCCGGUAGGGGGCAAGAAAGACCACUUGGCAGUCUCUCUAGCUGUCCAUUCCACCUCCAUGUCGGUGAACGCCCCUCUGGGUAAACCUCUAACUAUACCCUGUGGCCUGUGGCGUGGACAGCAGAGUCGCUUUGCCGUGGAAUGGCGCCAUCGUGCUCUGGGAGAUGGGAAGGUCGUCUACGCCUAUGACGGGUGGCGUGACCGGAUUGAGGAGGAGCUCCCGGGGUAUGCCAUGAACUUCUCAACCUUACACUCCAAGGGCGACGCUUCACUCAUCCUGGACAAGGUAGAAACGUCACACGAGGGCACCUACCUCUGCAUCAUCUACCUGCCCUACCUGAGGACACAGAGAGAUAUUGACCUCAAGGUGACAGCCAAGCCUCAGAUCACCCUUCUGCCCUCCCCGCUGUUCGCCCGUCCCGGGGAAGAGGUGACCCUCUUCUGCGAGGUCUCCCACUUUCACCCUCUAGAUAUCUCAGUGGACUUCUUGGUUCAGCUUCCAGGAGAAACCAGUUCGACUCUCCUUCCUGCAACCACCCUGUCCGCUCAUAGCCACAACCAAGACGGCACCUACACCAUCACCGCCUACCAGCGCUUCACCGCAAGCCCCGAGCGCCACGGGGCGCGCUAUUCCUGCCUUGCCAAGCACGCCAGCUCCACGAAAGUGAUGUCACGGACUCAGACUCUCCAAGUUGCUGGUGUGAUGGGACCAUCUAUUGAAGACGGUAUGUAUCUCUUCCUGGUCGCCCUCUUCUUGUACGGCUUCCUGAGUUACCUUCACAGGAAAUGUAAGUUGUUCUUUAGCGCUCAUCAAGAACCGAACGACAAGCAGCUCACCCACCCGGAGAGAAGAGAGGAAACCCUAUCAGAACGGAUUGAUAAAAUGACAAAGGAAAGAUGUGCAUGUGCUGCUGCAGAGGGUAAACCUGUUGCAUUGCCCUCCAUGAGCGAAGCAUGA